AUGGCGGAGAAGAUCCUGGUGACCGGGGCAGACGCGCUCCCCGAGAGCCUCCGGCGUGUGCAGCAGAUCGUGCAUCAGCCCAUCCUCUUCCAGGAGCUGGAUAUCACUGACGAGGCAGCACUGCAGGAGCUCUUCAGUAAGCACCGUUUCUCAGCCGUGAUGCACUUUGCGGGGCUGAAGGCAGUGGGGGAGUCUGUGCAGAAGCCCCUGGAGUACUACAGGGUGAACCUCACCGGGACCAUCCGGCUGCUGGAGGUGAGAGGAGCUGGGAGGCAGCGUGUGCCGCGCGCGUGGGCUGCCACCGUCUACGGAGACCCCAGGUACCUGCCCCUGGAUGAGAACCACCCGGUUGGAGGCUGCACCAACGCCUACGGCAAAUCCAAGUACUUCAUCGAGGAGAUGAUUCAAGAUCUCUGCAAAGCAGAGAGGGACUGGAACGCCGUUCUCCUGCGCUAUUUCAAUCCCAUCGGUGCCCACGAGUCGGGCGUGAUCGGAGAAGAUCCUCAGGGGAUCCCAAACAACCUCAUGCCCUACGUGGCGCAGGUGGCCGUGGGACGCCGGGAAUUCCUGAGCGUGUUUGGGAACGACUACAAGACGGACGAUGGAACGGGUGUCCGGGAUUACAUCCACGUCGUGGACUUGGCCAAGGGCCAUAUCGCUGCUUUGAAGAAGCUCAAGGAGAACUGCAGCAGCAAGCUGCGCCAGGAGCCAUCCCUGGGGGCCGAGGGCCUCUCCUCGCCUCUCCUCUCCCUCCCUGAGCCAGCCCCGAUCCAAAGGGAAGGAGAAGUAGCAGCCAGAGAGACGUUAAGGACCGGGCCAGCGCCAGGUGGGCUCCGUGGCAAAGCCAUUCGGACGCCAGCUGUAAACGGCAGCGCUCUGGGGGUCCAAGGGCACAGAGAGAACCUCUGGGACCUCCCAUCGGGCUGA